GUCGCCCCUUUCUACGGCCUCCAUGCGCUGGUUAGCCGGUCCGGAAGUCGUGUACCCGCAAGGACAGACGCGUAAUGUCGCUGAUAUUCCGGACGUGUGAGUUCGGCUGGUCGCUUAGUCAGCUCGUCCAGCUAAUCGGCUAGUCCGCUACUUAGCAGGUUAGCAGGUUCGAUACGGGAGCGGCGAAGGCCGGGCUGUGCAUGGCGGAGGGCGCUCUUUAAUGCCAGUUUGUCUUGUUUUAUCUUGGUUACGCGGCGUCUUCUAACAUUUUAGCGAUUCUGCGCUCUUCCCCAGCUAUCAGUAGGCCGAGUGCUCCGUCAUUCGGGCCUGGGAAGGCUGAGGCCUGGCGAGGCCUAGGCGGCGGAUUUGGCCGCGGUUAGGGGACGCUUGGCGUUGUCUAGUCUCUCGAUUAUGCGUGUAAAAUUAGUUGUAUGUUCAUAUAUGUCUGUUUGUAUGCGCAUACGUGUGUUUGUGUCUAUCUGGAACUUACGGUCAGCCGCCUAUACACUGGCCGCUUCCGUGAGGCAUGUUGCUAAGUAGCUGUAGGCCGUUCGGACAGUCCCCUAGCCCGGUGCUGACAUGGGUCUUAAAGUUGUUUUACUUGGGGGUCCGUGGAAGAAGGAAGAGGGUGAACACCAUGAGCAGUGGCCGAGGUGUGUAUAGGAAGCUUGGACACAAUGAUUGCCGGCCGGGGUCCGCAUAGGAAGGCUGAACACUAUGAGCGCUGGUUGGGAACCGUGUAGGAAGUCUGGACGCUAUGAUUGUGAGUCGGGGUCAGUAUAGGAUGGCUGGACACCAUGAGUGCUGCCCGAGUUCCGUAUUGGAAAGCUGUUCACCAUGACUGACAGUGGAAGUCUGUAUAGGAUGGCAGACCAUUAUGAUUGAGAGUCAGGUGAGUCUAGCAAGUCUGGACACUGAUUGUUAGUGAGGGUUUGUAUAGGAAGGAUGGACACUGAUUGUUAGUGAGGGUUUGUAUAGGAAGGCUGGACACUGAUUGUUAGUGAGGGUUUGUAUAGGAAGGCUGGACACUGAUUGUUAGUGAGGGUUUGUAUAGGAAGGCUGGACACUGAUUGUUAGUGAGGGUUUGUAUAGGAAGGAUGGACACUGAUUGUUAGUGAGGGUUUGUAUAGGAAGGAUGGACACUGAUUGUUAGUGAGGGUUUGUAUAGGAAGGCUGGACACUGAUUGUUAGUGAGGGUUUGUAUAGGAAGGCUGGACACUGAUUGUUAGUGAGGGUUUGUAUAGGAAGGCUGGACACUGAUUGUUAGUGAGGGUUUGUAUAGGAAGGCUGGACACUGAUUGUUAGUGAGGGUUUGUAUAGGAAGGCUGGACACUGAUUGUUAGUGAGGGUUUGUAUAGGAAGGCUGGACACUGAUUGUUAGUGAGGGUUUGUAUAGGAAGGCUGGACACUGAUUGUUAGUGAGGGUUUGUAUAGGAAGGCUGGACACUGAUUGUUAGUGAGGGUUUGUAUAGGAAGGCUGGACACUGAUUGUUAGUGAGGGUUUGUAUAGGAAGGCUGGACACUGAUUGCUGGCCGGGGCCAGUAUAGGAAGGGUGGGCACUGUGAUUCACGGGGUUGGGUCGGUAUAGUAAGGCUGGACAUUAUGCUUGUGAGUGGGGAUCGGUACAGGAAGGCUGGACAUUAUGCUUGUGAGUGGGGAUCGGUACAGGAAGGCUGGACAUUAUGCUUGUGAGUGGGGAUCGGUACAGGAAGGCUGGACAUUAUGCUUGUGAGUGGGGGCCGGUACAGGAAGGCUGGACAUUAUGCUUGUGAGUGGGGGCCGGUACUGGAAGGCUGGAGAUUAUGCUUGUGAGUGGGGGUCGGUACAGGAAGGCUGGACACUAUGAUAGUGAGUGGGGGUCGGUACAGGAAGGCUGGACACUAUGAUAGUGAGUGGGGGCCGGUACAGGAAGGCUGGACAAUAUGAUAGUGAGUGGGGGCCGGUACAGGAAGGCUGGACACUAUGAUAGUGAGUGGGGGCCGGUACAGGAAGGCUGGACACUAUGAUAGUGAGUGGGGGCCGGUACAGGAAGGCUGGACAAUAUGAUAGUGAGUGGGGGCCGGUACAGGAAGGCUGGACACUAUGAUAGUGAGUGGGGGCCGGUACAGGAAGGCUGGACACUAUGAUAGUGAGUGGGGGCCGGUACAGGAAGGCUGGACACUAUGCUUGUGAGUGGGGGCCGGUACAGGAAGGCUGGACACUAUGCUUGUGAGUGGGGGCCGGUACAGGAAGGCUGGACACUAUGCUUGUGAGUGGGGGCCGGUACAGGAAGGCUGGACACUAUGCUUGUGAGUGGGGGCCGGUACAGGAAGGCUGGACACUAUGCUUGUGAGUGGGGGCCGGUACAGGAAGGCUGGACACUAUGAUAGUGAGUGGGGGCCGGUACAGGAAGGCUGGACACUAUGAUAGUGAGUGGGGGCCGGUACAGGAAGGCUGGUUAGGCUGAAAUAAAGGCAGCUUGUGCAUUCAAACUAAAGAUGCACUGAAUGAUUGGCCAGGGGCCGGAAUCGGCCGGUUUUCAGCAUUUUCAGGGACCAGCCGAUCGGUCUCAUGUACUUCCGAUACUGAACCGGUCCCUUUCACACAUGCAUCACAUGUCAUACGCACAGCGGCGCAAGCAAUAGCCUCACAGCUGCAAGCACACUCACAGCCGUGUGCUAACAUGUAGUUAGCGUGUAAUCUUUCUUUACUGUGAGUGAAGACGACACAAAGCUUGCAAUUUGUAAUAUGUGUAAAGCCAAAGUAAACCGUGAGGACGAAAAUCUGAUGUAAAUGUUAAAUUGAUUGCUAGACAUAUACUAGAUAUUCUUGAAAAAGAAUAAUCAUUAAAAUUGCAAAGCUUGCAAAGGUUUUUUCCUAUGACACAGUAGAAAUGUUUAAGUGAAACUUCAGCCCCCUGCACUAUAAUAUCCACAGUACGAAUGUGCGCAGUACGAAGGUAUGAAAAAGCUCCAUCUUAAUCUGUCUUACUAGCGAUGAAUUGUAUGUGCAUAACAUCCGAUGCUGGUAUUAAUGAUAUUACCCUGCACCUAUUAUUUGGAAGAGUAUAGUACACUUCAGUUUUAUUUGGAGAUUUUUAAGCUAGACGAGUAAAAAAGGAGAAAAGGUCAAUGUCAUGUUAUCUGGUGAAUUUAAAUAUACUGGAAAAUAAUACAAGUGACUGACAUUUGUUUUGUUAUUUAAAUCUGUUGCACCUGCUCUUGUUUGGUAACGCAAAAUAUGUCAGAUAAAGUCGGGUGCACAGCAACUCACUUUCAGUUGUGUUAAUUAUACCUCUUUCCAGUCACUGAGCACUUUAUUUUGAGCUUGUUUAAGUGAGAGAAGAUCCUGUAACUUAAUGCAGUGUAAGGGAAAUUGUAAAGUUUAACGAUUUCAUUUAUUAUGGAAAUACAAUUUUGCAUUGAAGAAAAGCUGAUUUUCAUAUGCUUUCAAUUGUAGUUCUUGGAAAGAAAAUCUGAAAUCACAAUCGACCAAGGAAAAUGCAAUCGGUACAUCUCUAAUUCAGACUAUUUAGCUAGCAGGUCACUUGUGUCAAAUUUCAUUAAUAUAAAGUCAAGGUAGUACAUUACAGGAAUAUAAUGCAGUAUACAUAAUAAAAAUACAUAGUUGUAUUACUACGUGUUUCAUGGAAUGGAUGUGAAUGUAGUUAAGUGGAUGUUUUCUCUGCAUGUAUAUUGUGAGACAGAUUGAGUAUGAAUUCAGCACAUAGUGUGUGAUGCUGUUAAAAAUAAGGCCAGUGUUAAGGUCUGUUGGUAAAUAUGCUCAUAAACCCAGCUGCAGGCUAAUUUCUCAAUAGUCAACUUUGUUUUGGCAGUUUUUUUCUGGAUUUAGUGAGUCAUCAGUUAGCUGUCAGAGAGUAGCAUCAUGCUAACUUUUGUCCAUUUAGCAAAUAUUAUCAAUUCUAUAUUCAUUUAGUAAUCUGUGUAAUUUUUUAAUUUGUGGAGUUUAUUGCAUCACUGUCUGUUGCUAUUCCAGCCAUUGUAACUCCUUAAGGCCAUUCACAUAUCACUUUUCUGCAUGCACGUUUGGUUGUGGACAAGGGGAAGUGAUGUACAUUUUGUCAUCAGGGGUUCGCUGUGGACGACUGCAGUUGGUGUGCAUGUAGCCCAGAUUUUUAUGUCUGGUGGAAAGCUUUCACUUCUAUGUGCGUAGACCGUGCAAGAUUAUUGAUUUGGUAUUUCCAAUAGGUGGCAGUGUGGACUUUCAAUGAUGAGCUGUCAAUGAUGAAAGAGUAGAGAGAGAAUAGUUGUAGUGCUUAUGGUAAACAGCUGUAUGCAGCGGGUCAGAGGUACCCGUAUAUCUGAUUUUUCAUACUGUCCAGUCACUAUAAUGAGCUAUUUCAGAAAAGCAUUUCGGCAUUAAAAUUCCCUGAAUGGGCUGGAGUCGCGCCUAUUUUUGUCAUAAGGAUUUAAAAAUACUGUGGUAUUAGUCUACUUGAAAGGUUGGAAUGAUUCCUGCAGACAUAGAGGACUUGCUUAUACUUUCAGGGUCAGCUGUGAUGCAUGUUUAAAAGGAAACUUCAGAGGCCGCAGAUAUAAGUGUUUAAUUUGCUACGACUACGACUUGUGCGCAUCAUGCUAUGAGAGCGGAGCCACGACCACCCGACACACUACGGAGCAUCCCAUGCAGUGUAUACUGACCCGAGUAGAUUUCGACUUGUAUUAUGGCGGGGAGGCUUUCUCAGUGGAACAGCCGCAGUCUUUCACGUGUCCUUACUGCGGAAAAAUGGGCUACACAGAAACAUCUCUACAGGAACACGUCACAUCUGAACACGCAGAGACCUCCACAGAGGUGAUUUGUCCGAUAUGUGCCGCACUCCCAGGCGGGGACCCUAAUCAUGUGACGGAUGACUUUGCUGCCCACCUCACGCUUGAACACAGAGCACCCAGAGAUCUGGACGAAUCGAGUGGUGUCCGGCACGUGAGGAGGAUGUUCCAUCCUGGGCGAGGGCUGGGGGGUCCUCGCGCCCGCAGGUCCAACAUGCACUUUACAAGCAGCUCCACUGGGGGGCUCUCCUCUUCUCAGAGUGCUUCCUAUUCUCCAAGCAACAGGGAAGCCAUGGAUCCCAUAGCAGAGCUGUUGUCGCAGCUGUCUGGCGUUCGGCGCUCCGCGGGGGGGCAGCUGAACUCGGGCCCGUCUGCCUCGCAGCUUCAGCAGUUGCAGAUGCAGCUUCAGCUGGAGAGGCAGCAGGCUCAGGCGGCCCGGCAGCAGCUGGAGACGGCUCGCAAUGCCUCUCGCCGCUCCAAUGCAAGCAACAUGAGCACCUCCAUCCCCCAGCCCAGCGCCGCCCCUAAUUCUGUACCUGACAGCAACCCCCCUUCCUCCCACAGCUCCCAGUUCCUCCUCACAAGGUUGAAUGAGCCAAAGAUGUCGGAGGCCGAGCGGCAGGUUGUGGAGAGCGAGCGCGCGGACCGCAGCCUGUUCGUACAGGAGCUGCUGCUGUCCACCCUCAUGUGCGAGGAGAGCUCCUCCUCCGACGAGGACGAGCACAGAGAUUUCGCCGAUUUCGGAGCCAUGGGCUGUGUAGAUAUUAUGCCUUUAGAUGUUGCUUUGGAGAAGCUAAACCUGAAAGAGAGAAACACAGGGAAGGAGCCCCCCCCACCUGCUCUUUGAUGUCGUCCUUUUCACGCAGACAAUGUCCUCUGUGCUGUAACUGCCAAUGAGAGUGGACAACACCUGUUUUUGGAUUUGUUUUUCGGUGAUUGUAAUUACAGGCCUGUCACCCAUGUUACAUUGUGUACAUUCAUAAAAAGAGAGCGCGUGAGAGGAAGAAAUAUAUUAAAUAUAUGAAAGCUGAUAAUCAGUUCCACAUAACUAAUUUUUACUUCAGAAGGUUAACAAAAGUAGCAGGGUUUCUGCUGCUCAUUUGAACGGCUCUCCAGAAAAUACUCCACAUUCAACACUGCAGAGGACACAAACCCUUCUCUAAGAAGCUGCUGUGUGUAUUUAUGAAUAUUAAUGAAUAAAAAGUGCUUGGAUGGUUUACCGUAA